AUGUCAAAGCAUUGGGAACAAAAUAAGGAUGCUACCGUCUACGUCGGCAACAUCGACGAGCGCUUCACCCAGGAGCUGCUCUCGGAACUCAUGGCCCAAGUAGGCCCCGUGCGUCAGGUGCACAUGCCACAAGACCGCGUGUCGCAGACGCAUCAGGGCUACGGCUUCGUCGAGUUCGACACGCCCGCCUCGGCCGAAUACGCCUCCAAAGUCCUCAACGGCAUCCGCAUCUGGGGCAAGCCCAUCCGCGUCAACAAAGCGAGCGCCGACAAGCAGAAGACGGUCGAUAUCGGCGCCGAGCUGUUUAUCAACAACCUCGACCCCCAGGUCGACGAGAAGAUCCUCUACGACACCUUCAGCCAGUUCGGACAGAUCCUGCGCCAACCCAACAUCGUGCGCGAUGACAACAAUAUUUCCAAGGGCUAUGGCUUCGUCAGUUUCGACUCCUUCGAGGCCAGUGAUGCCGCCGUAUCCACCAUGAACGGCCAGUACCUCCUCAGCAAAGCCAUCACCGUCGAGUACGCCUACAAGAAGGACGGCAAGGGCGAGCGCCACGGCGACGAAGCUGAGCGCAAGCUCGCUGCCGAAGGCAAGAAGCACAACAUCGUCCCAGAGCAACAAGUCCUCCCGCCCGCUUUCCACAUGUCUGCUGCCCCUCCCGCUGCAUCUGCAGGCCCAACCCCCACCACGGCCACGCAACAACAAACACAACAACAACAACCCCCCAACAUCGACCCUUCAGCCGGUAUCCCACCAUCCCCCGUCGCCCCUCUCAGUGCUGGCAUGCCCCCUAACGGCCCUCCUUAUGGCCCUCCCGGCGGUGGCCUUCCCCACGGCGGCCUAGGACGCGGUGGUCCACCACCCUCAUUUGGCGGCGGCCACAACGGACCCCCAGCUCGUGCCCCCCCGAUAGCUUCCGCCGGCCUUCCCCCCGCUCCCUCCGGUCUCCCCGCUCGUCCCCCUCCAAGCCACGCCGGUUUUGGCGGGCCUGUCGGCGGGUUCCCACACCAUCAUCCACCACCUGCAGGUUUCCCAGGUGCUCCAAGUAGUGGCGGUCCCCCGGGUGCUGGAGGCCCCCCCAGUGCAGCUGGACAUCAGCCGCCCAUGUACCCCGGCAUGCCGCCACCCGGUGCAGGGUUUCCUGGCGGACCACCACCGGGAUUUAUUCCGCCUCCUGGGGCUCCUGGAGCUGUCCCUGGAGCGCCUCCGGGGUUUGGGGCUCCACCGCCCGCUGGGUUUGGAAGGCGUUAG